AUGACGACGUCGAUCAACAUGGCGACGCUCGACGAAAAGACGGCGCCCCAGGCCGGCCUCCAUAUUGACACGACGGCUAGGGCCAUGCCAGAAAAGACGGCAGCCAUGUCGAGCGCGAAGACGGCAUGCCCGACAGCCCUAGACAAGACGCCGUCGUACAGUGGCCAGACGACGCCGCGGUCGGAAAACAUCAACCCUUUCGACACGGACGUCGAGGCCAUGGUGACCAACUCGUCGUCGGACAAGUGCCUGCGGUCCAGCGUGGUGCUGACGAGGAAGAACGACUGCCAGGUGUGGCCCGGUCAGGACCAGUGGAAGCAGCGGGCCAAGGCGGCCAAGAAGCAGCGCGGCUGCAAGUGCAUGGCCCGCCUCAGCCGCCGCAACCGCAUCGCCGUCAAGGUCCUGGUGGUGCUCCUCGUCGUGGGCGCUGCUGUGGCUAUUGGCUUUGGCGUCAGCAAGCCGCUGGGCGCACCGAUCUGGGGCGACAAGGGCAAGCAGAACUAG